AUGUGCCCUGGAAAAGAGUAUGCUCGAAUGGAAAUAUUGGUCUUCAUGAACAACUUAGUGAAGAGGUUCAAGUGGGAAGCUGUAAUUCCUCAUGAGAAUAUUAUUAUUGAUCCCAUGCCUGUUCCUGUCAAUGGCCUUCCUGUUCAUCUCUUUUUCCUCACCAAGCUUGAAAGGAGAAUAUUUGGGAUCAGAUCUACGUCCCUCACCACUCCUCCGGUGCAGCGCGCCACUACCCGUCGCACCUGA